CGCAGGAAAGUGAGGGACGAGAGGGAUUAGGGGGACAUCGAGGAGCGCGAAAGCCAUGAAACGGUAAACCGGAUUAACACUGGUGUUAAUUAAGAUACUCUGACAUGUCAUGUCAGUUAAUAUUUUAAGCAGAUCAGCGAGAUAUUGUUUUUUUUUGUUUUGUUUUUUUAAUUCUCAGUAAAUGAGAAAAAAGGAUGAGUCAAAUAUGGACGACGAAGGGCUGCGUACUGCGUAGGAUGGUCUUUUUAAAAUCAAAAUAAUAACAUGUUAUUCCUACGUGUGUCUAUGGCGUUAGGUAUGAUGACAGUUGGCCACAGCCAGUGUGUUGGUACACAGCCUGAUCAGAAAGCAUGGGGCUCAAGUUCAGUGGCAAGGGACAACAGAGCCACAGGAUGGUGAUUUUGGCGGCCAUCUUCGUCCUUAUGACACUUCUCAUCCUGUAUGGUUCCAACAAUGUCAUUGAUGAAGUCUAUGCUCCCUUCCAUGUGGCUACAAAUCAUGCGCUCAGGACCACAGAUCUGAAGAAGUGGGCUGGGAAAGACGGUUAUGUACCCGUUUAUGGGAACAAGAAUAUGACUCUACACUGUCAUAACUGUGCGCUUGUGACGAGCUCCAGCCAUGUCCUGGGUAGUGGAGCAGGAGAAGAGAUCGACCGUACGGAGUGUGUGAUUCGUAUGAAUGACGCCCCCACGUUGGGGUACGAGACUGAUGUGGGGAACCAGACCUCUCUGCGGGUCGUAGCCCACUCCAGUGUGUUCAGGGUGGUCCGGAGGCCUAAUGAGUUCCUACAACGGCCAGACAGCAACCCUGUGAUCAUCUUCUGGGGACCCCCGAACAAGAUUGGCAAGGAGGCCAAAGGAACUUUGUACAGAUUGAUCCAGAGAGUCAGCAUGACCUACAGCAACUUGUCUUGUUUCAGUAUCACAGCGAACAAGAUGCGCAGAUUUGACAAUCUUUUUCACAGGGAGACGGGACGAGAUAGACAAAAAUCUCACUCAUGGUUGAGCACAGGCUGGUUCACCAUGGUCAUAGCCAUCGAGAUAUGUGAUAAUAUCAAAGUAUAUGGGAUGGUUCCACCCAACCACUGUGGAAAAAAACCUGGAUCCAAGAAGAUGCCCUACCACUACUACAAGCCCAGGGGGCCUGAAGAAUGUUUAACAUACAUACAAAAUGAGGGCAGCCGAAGAGGGAACCACCAUCGCUUUAUUACAGAGAAACACGUGUUUGCACGCUGGGCAAAGCAGUACAACAUCACUUUCACUCAUCCCAAAUGGUGAAAAGACUUUGAUGAAAACCACAAAGAGAUCUCUCCGCACUCACAGAGGCCUGACUGAGUGCUAUGAGCUGUAUUUCAUUGUAACUCCCCUGAAUGAGCCUUUCAAAUAGCUACAUGAUGAAUGACAGCUACUUUCAAGGCUCGCCAUAAGGAUGAAAAAGCUUUUGGAAAAAAAACUAUUAUUGGACCAAAUGCCUGAAGGGAUGUCUGGGAAUGUUUUCUGUCACAGAAGAGUGCAGAAGGUUUCUGAAAUACUGUGUAUUCUACAUCGACAUGUGGCAGCCAUCUGACAAGUGGUUUUGUAAAUAGAAAAGAAAAUGAAUUUAAAUAUGAAUUUUUACAUGUUUAUAAUAUUUUGUUAUUACGUAUUGAACAUGUAUUUGUUUUCCAUGUUGAGGAGGGAUUAUAUGAACAAGCAUUCUCAAUGGAUAUGACUAAGUGGCCUACAAAAUACUAUAUUCUAUCAGCUCUCCAUUAUACAGUACAUUACUCUACAGUAAUUGCAGUCAUAUUCAGAAGACCACUAAUUAAAUCUGCAAUGUACAUUGGAGACCCACAAUGCAGUAUGUGAGCAAUGUAGCUGGGUAACAUUUGAAAUUUUACAAAAGCAGUUCCUGAACUGAUACCAAAACCAUACUUUUUCCAAUAUCUUAGCUUGAAUAAUAUAAACAUUUUUACAUACACUUUCAUUUAUAAAUUAGCCAAAAGCAUCAGUGUUUAAUGUUUUAACACAAAGCAUUGGUACAAAAAGCAAAAUUGUGAUUUUAGUUUGGAAAUAUCUGGUUUAUAAAGUAAACUCAGCAAAGAAUCUGACCAAGGAUUCAGUGCCAGUUUACUUGGUGCUACAGAUACAUUAUGAUCUGCAUUCAAAAACGUUUUGUCAGUAGCAAAUGGUUACAAAUAUCACUAUGAGGAUGAAGCACAUAGAUACCUUUAGUUUGAGAGAUUUCAUCUGUUGAUUCAACAGUAACAAACAAAUUACACCACUGUUUGUGCAUCAAUUGUUCUUGUUUGUAAUAAUUGGACACAUUCAGAUUGCAGAAAUUAUAUGGCACCAAAUUUAUUCUAGAGAUACACAUUGUCACAUAACACAGAAGUUAUUUCAAGUUAAGUCUGUUCAUCUCAAACAAGUUGAUUUACCCUAAAUUUGAAGAUAUUAGUACUUCAUUGUAACAUUUUUGCUGCACUAGAUGUUGAUUUGAAUGUUUUCAUGAAUAUUUUACUAUGAACAUAAAACUGUUGCCCCAUGAACUUAAACCUUUGUUCCUCAGUGGCAUUGAAGCGCAUGCAGGUUAAAUUCAAAUAGUCCACAGAAUGCAUCAUGGCCAUAUUAUGUAUCAAUAUGUUGCUAUAAGGACUGCACAAUUAAAAUAAAAACAAAAAUUUAAGUUGUAGAAUGUGAAGCAGAAAA